UGCCGUAGCCCUGGUUCAGAACAGCUGACUUUGAAUUACGGCGCUGAGAAAUCAACUAGUAAUUGUGUCUUAUAUUAUGCACAAAAGAUUUCGCAAAACGGCAGAUGUGAUUUUUGAGGACAGUAGCAGCAGCAGCAGCAUUGAGGCAUGUGCAAGCAUCUCCUUUGUGCAAAGGAAAUAUAUGCGAAAGCGACGCAGAGAAGCCAUCAAUGUCGAACUGAACAUUUCCGGCUCGAGCAGCGAUGACGAACAGUUGGCGGAGCAGGAGAAUAAAAUGUGGCUGAAAAAUCUUAAGCGUUGCAGCAGCAGUCAAAAACCGCUCCAGCUGACACCACAAAACAAGUUCCAGCCAUUAUCGCUGUCAGUUAGUGCCAAGUCGCCGUCUCCAACUCCACCAAUGCCUGGUUGUGCAUUGGAGCCAACUGAGUAUUCCAAGUCCACGCCAGCUGCAUGGAACAGCUUUAGAAAAACACUGGCAGCACUGAAGCAGGAGCAACGAGGAUUGCUGCAGACAUCAAUGUCAAACUGCAGCCAUCAGUCCACGCUACUAGAUUGCUCAAUUGAAGCCAAUCUGGAAACAAUGAUUGACACACAGAAGACGCCCAGGAGUGCCACAAAAGUCGCCUUAACCCAGAUGAGGAAGAAGCGUUGCGUGAAAGGCGGCUAUGUUCAUGAGUAUAAGAAACUAAUGCUCAAGGAGCGCAUGGAUCGACGGAGUCUGGCGCAUAACCAGCGUCUCGGCAUCAGUUCUGGCCAGCAAGUCCGUGUGCUGGCAAUGUCGGCAUCCUUUGGCACCCACAUGGCCCGCGUCCAAACUGAGGCAGAGCCCAAAGCCAUAUUCAACAUUAUAGUCGCUCCAAGCAUGGUCAGCAAUGUAAAAGUAGACUCUAAGCUGGAACUUUACAUUGACCUGCAGUUGGAGUCGCCGCUGCAGCUGCCCAACAAGGAACUGAUAUAUUUACAGCCAAAUAAGAUAGUUUUAUUAUAAAGACUAGUAGUAGACACACACACUUAGAGAAUAAUUAGAAAAUAUUUGAAUACAUUAUGGAUAUCUUGUUAUGAAG